AUGGGUUCAUUAGAGAAUUAUGAUUUAGAGAAUAAUGGGGAGAACAACAUGAUGAAAUCGGCAAUUGAUCAUCAUCAUCAUCAUCCUUCUGAUGUUGUGAAAACAAGAGAAUCAUUGUUACGAACGACAUCACAAAUGGAUGUUCUGUCUAGUGUUCGAUUUCGAGUUUUGAGAGUUUUUCUAGCGAAUGUUCGAAAAGUCAUAUUUGAGACCAAACUUUUUGUGUUGUUUCCCGCUAUUCCAUUGGCGUUUGUAGCUCAUUGGUACAAUUUCGGUCGACCAUGGAUUUUUGCUUUAAGUUUGCUUGGCUUGACUCCACUUGCGGAACGUUUGAGUUUUUUAACAGAACAAAUUGCAUACUUCACAGGUCCUACAGUGGGAGGGCUAGUGAAUGCAACAUGUGGGAAUGCAACAGAGUUGAUAAUAGCAAUAUUUGCUCUCCAUCAAAGGAAAAUUCAUGUGCUAAAAUACUCUCUUUUGGGUUCCAUCAUUUCAAACCUUCUCCUUGUUCUUGGGUCAUCUCUCUUUUGUGGUGGCAUUGCCAAUAUUGAUAAAGAACAAAAAUUUGACCAUAAGCAGGCGGAUGCAAACACGUUGCUACUUAUGCUUGGGCUGCUUUGCCAGGUUACACCGUUGUUGUUUAAUCUCCACCCAACGAACAUACCCAUAGCAGAUCAGAUUUCGGUUCUUCAGUUGUCAAGGGCAAGCAGCAGUGUGAUGCUGCUUGCAUAUGUGGCAUAUCUUUUCUUUCAACUGAAAACUCACAGCCAACUUUUUGGAACACCAGAGGACGACGAUGCUGAUAACGAAGAGCUUGAAAAGGAGACAGCAUCGAUAGGCGUUUGGAGUGCAUUUAUAUGGUUAGGCCUGAUGACAAUACUCAUAUCCAUUUUAUCCGAAUAUGUUGUGGGCACAAUUGAGGAUGCAUCAGAAACUUGGGGAAUAUCUGUGAACUUUAUCAGCAUAAUAUUGUUACCAAUAGUCGGUAACGCAGCAGAACAUGCUGGUUCUGUUAUAUUUGCCUUCAAGAAUAAACUGGACAUAUCUCUUGGUGUUGCUAUGGGUUCUGCAUCUCAAAUCUUGAUGUUUGUGGUUCCUUUGUGUGUAAUUAUGGCUUGGAUAAUGGGAAUACCAAUGAGUCUUGAUUUUGGACUUCUUGAAACUAGUUGUCUUGGCUUCUCAAUUCUGAUUACUGCAUUCGCUUUACAGGAUGGAAGUUCACAUUACAUGAAAGGAGUGACUCUUGUGCUUGCCUAUAUAGUAAUCGGGGCAUGCUUCUUUGUUCAAAGAAUCCCCUUUGAUGAAUCUGACAUCAACAACUUAGGGCCAGUUGGGAAUGCAGUUGCUUGAUCGGUAUGUUACAAGUCUCUUUCCAAUGAAAGCCUCUAGCAUUUGAAUCCCGUUCUGGUUACUUGUAAGCCAAAUGAUCAUGGUAUCAAGGAGAUCGAGUGGAAUCGCAACUAACUAAUAAAUGGGACCUUAAAGAAUUGACAAGAUGAGAUGACCCAACUUGUAGGAACAUUUUUGGUUUGUUAUGUAUUUUAUCUUUGUUUAAUAAUGUGCAAGUAAUUGUAAAUGGUAGGGGUGUGUUUUUCCCUCUAAACUACAAUAGCUGACACAAUUU